AUUUUAUUCGCAAUUCAUUUUUCCUAAUUUUUCCGGUGCUGCCGGUGCUGGAGAUGAAAUAAAUUUUUAUUAAAAAUUCAUACCUAGUUGAAUAAUCGUGCACAUUUUUCGAUUUCAUGUAUCUAACAAUAAGCAACUUCUCGCCUGUUAACUUCUAACUGUUGUUUCAAAAAUGAGUACAGUAUCAGUCGUCCCAUGGUUCUGCAAAGAAGAAUGGGAAUUCUGUCGAAAUAAUUUAUUCGGUAGCGAUGUAACAAUGAAGAAGAAAGCUGUGGAGCAUUUGUACAUUUGGAAAACCAGAUGUUCAAAUUUGCCCAUGGGUGUGGAAUGUACGCUGGUUUUGAUGGACACUAGAUUACAAGACUUACAAUCGGAUGGAGAUGAAACCCGGGUGCUGAAUAGAAUGAAUUUGGAACUUCUGUAUUCGAUGGCAGUUACCAAGUUCGUAAAUUUUGUAACCGAUUCUUGCGUUGGAAAUCGUUCAGCUACAACGUUGCAAGAUGUAGCUAAAGAGUUGGGUAUUCCUGCUUGGAUUGUGGAUCUGCGUCACAAAGCGGCUCAUAAUGCUUCCUGUCUUAGUUUAACUUCAUUACGUGAAGCUACUGACUUCUGUUUGAAAUGGUUAUACGACGAAUAUUGGGCCAAUGGCGAUUUCGAAGACAUCUGUUGCCAAGACGAAAACAGCUUCGCCGAUGUCGAAAAUUGUCUAGACGUUCACAUAAUGCUCAAAAACCAUUUACUCGACGAUUGCGAACGUGUUUCCGAAAUUCCCACCGAGCAUAGGCAAAAAAUCAAUCGAUUUCUGCGCAAGACAUCCGUCACAUCAGAAUGCGAUUACCUCGAUGAUUGGAGUUUGAACAACGUGUGUAAAAUAACAGUCGAAAAGUUAUCAAAGAUUCUAAAAAAAUAUCCUCGUAAGGGCGAACUUCUAGUCGACAAACUGCUCGAUGAAGAUUACCUGUUGAGUCCGAAUAACAUCGACAGCACCGGUCAAUUGGAAGACUCGUACGUUCACGUGUGGAAUGAUAUCAUAUCUGUGUUAUGUACUUCGAGCAAAUGUUACUAUUUUCUCCAAUCCUUGGUGAAAGUAUCUGUUGGCCCGAUCGAACCAACGAUCCGUAAAAAAUGCGCUGCUGUACAUUUGAACGAAAUUUUUGUCAAUAUUCUCAAGCAAAAUCGUUCUACAAAAGCCCAAAGUAAAGGUUACCAGAGUUCGCUCAAAUUAAGACGUCCGCAGCUUCUCGAACAAGAGGCAUCUGCGUUACUCAAAUUAGUUUUACAGCGACCUAGUGAUUUUAUCGUGAUUUAUUUAAAAAAUUUACUCGAGAUCCAAACACCUUCGGUAGAUUCUUCAAAAAUUGAUAAACUUUUGCAAUUGAUGGAUAUUUACAACGGUUACUCGUCGCUCAAUGUGGAAGAUAUUGAAAAGGACAAAAAGAUUUUGAUCAACUCGUUUAUUCCUCAAGAUGAAGAAAUGUCGGAAUGUGAUAUCGCCGAAUUUACCAAAAUAACAAAUAAAGAAGAUAUUUCAGAUUCUUUGAGUUGGAGUCAAACUCCCAUCGGUAUUUUACCUAGCCAACAAGAUUUCAAACCUUGGCUCAAAUUAUACGGCAUGUAAAUAAUUCUAUUACGAAAUUGAUUGUAAAAACCACUAUUUCUGUAAUAAAAAUAAGGUAAAAAGUUA